AUGACUAGAUUUUUCUUCCCCCUAUUAUUCCUAAUAGCUGGAGCUUAUCUGACUCCAGAAUGUAAAUGGAUUGGCAUUGGAGGGAGAGAAGUGUCCCCUCAUUCUAGGCCAUUUAUGGCAUCCCGCCAGUCUGAUAGAACUCACGUGUGUGGAGGAGUUUUCAUUCAUCGAUGGUGGGGGCUGACAGCAGCCCACUGCCAAUCUCAGCUUGCCAAAGGUCACUCUCCUAAAGUGGUUUUAGGAGUACACUCUCUCUCAAAGAAUGAAGCCUCCACACUGGAGAUUAAAAAAUGCAUACCAUUCUCAAAAUUUAAAUCAGAUACUAAAUCCAAUGAUAUCAUGCAGAUUCUGCUUCGCAUGGCCACAAAACUCAGCAAGCAUGUCCAGCUGCUCCACCUAAGAUUCAAAGAUGAUAUUAGAGCUGGAACUAAAUGCCAGGUUACUGGCUGGGGAAGCACAGAUUGAGAUUUGUUAAGCCCCUCAGAUACCCUGCAAAAAGUUACUGUUACUGUUAUAAAUCAGAAACUUUGCAACAGCCAAAGUUAUUACAACUUCAAACCUAUGAUAACUAAAGAUGUGGUAUGUGGGGGAGACAUCACAGGUCAGAGGAUUCCUGCUGG